AUGAAGGCAUGCAAUCGACUGGAUUAUUUUACGAAUAUUGAAAGGCGACUGUUGACCAAAACCAUCGAAAAAUUGCGCACCCACUCGGGUGUCGAUCGUGAACGUAGGACGCCUACAUCGCCAAUGUCAGGCAUGACCGUCUAUAACGGAUCUCAGUAUGGCUACGACAAUGUUACUCUCUGGACGCUUAGCUUUGAUUACUGGAGGCGGAAGUGGAAUAUAAGUUUCCUUGUCUUUAAUUUCGACGCGUUAAAAAAAGAGGACUCAGCAUCGCGAAAGUAUACAUCACCGGCCGAAGGUUGGACGUUCUGGAGAAAGCCGCCAUGUCUGUCACAGGGUGUGUUAGGAUCCAUUAUCCAAACUGACCCCUUUGAGCCGGAAACGGUACAGAACUGGGCAGAUAUGUUCGUGCUGAACACCAUCACGCCGUUCAUUGUCGUCCAGGCCUUUCAAUCACUCCUCAUCAAAGGAGCACAUUCCCGCCCACAGGGAACAUCGAGUGUCAGCAGCAUCAGUAGCAUAGCAGCAAAUAUACAGUCGUCGCCAGGUGGACUCUCGAUGGCCUACGCGCCAACGAAAGCUGCCUUGAACCAUCUCACUCGCAUUGGAACGAGUUUUGCUACUAGGGAUAUUCCCAUUUGUGUGAAUGCGAUCUCGCCUAGGCCAUUCGCGUCGCAAUUGAUGUCUCUCGAAUUCUUCGAGUCUCUCAAGACGUCGGUUAUGCUUGAGUUAGUGGCUCAGAUAUCUGCGAAGAGGCAUGAGAGAUGA